AUGUUCGAGUAUCACGAUGCUCCUAUAGGAGGACAUCGUGGCCGGGAGAAAACAUAUCUCACGGUGAGUCGAGACUUUUACUGGCCCCGCCAGUAUCAGUUUGUGCGAAAGUAUGUUCGCGCAUGCGAAGUCUGUCAACGCGUGAAGUCAAGUCCUUCACUGCGUGCACCUUUACAGCCUCUACCGGUUCCGGCAGAGUGCUGCAAAUCCAUCUCAAUGGAUAUUGUCUUCGGGCUACCCAAAGACGCACGUGGGAAUGCGGGUAUCCUCGCAUUUGUUGACAGAUUCAGCAAAAUGGUACACCUUGUGGCUGUACCAGGGUCAAUCACGGCAAGUGGCUGUGCUUGUGUCUUUAUUGACACCAUCUUCCGACUUCAUGGGUUGCCCCGUGAACUCGUAUCAGACAGAGAUCCACGCUUCACUGCUGAUUUCUGGUGUUCCGUGUUCAAAUCACUCGGAACGCGCUUGAAGAUGUCGACAUCUGAUCAUCCAGAGUCAGAUGGUCAGACGGAACGUGCCAAUCGUGUCCUUGAAGAGAUACUUCGAGGAUACUUACACUCCUUUAAGAGUUGGAGUGAGUUCUUGCCAAUGGUAGAGUUUGCCAUUAACAACUCGGUGCAUGCGUUUACGACACAUACACCGUUUUACGUGAAUGGCUUGCGCCAUCCGCGUGUACCCACCUUACUAGAGAGUAACUCUGGUUUUAAGGGGGAAAGAGACUCGCGCGAGCAUAAACGAUUUGGCCCACGCUCAUCACGCUCUGACGAUGAGGUCAUUGCGUUUGAUGCUGAUAUCGACAACAUCGAUAUCGAAGAAGAUGAUGCCAGUGAGAGCGAGGGAGCCCUCACUGAAGAAAAGGUUGAUGUCGCUGCAGUGCACUCACAGCGCACUGAAGCUAACGAGUCAUCAGAUGAGUUCAUACUGGCUCGUGAAACGGUAGUCCGUUUUGUGCAAGACUCCAUCGCCGAAGCGGUGGAUAAGCAAAAAGAAAAACGCAGACAAGAAUGGAAGGGCAAACACUCUUUUAUUUAA